AUGCAGAUACGAAGGAUGCCUUUCGACGAAGCCGAUCUGCAGUGGCUCAGAGAAGCACGCUUACAAAUGUACUCGUUGAAUGGAAAGCAGACUGAGUUGCAAAAGGAGCAAAAGGACUUGGCCACCGACCUUAACCGCCACUUUAAGGCCGCCUCUAAAGUCGCCAAGAGCGGCAAGGACAAGGGCAAAGGCAAGGGCGCGGAUGCAGAAGCCGAAUCGGUUGAGGCCAGCACUUCGUCGACCGAGGCAGAGUCAAGCAAAAACGCAGAGACAGCGACGAAAGAGGAUAGCGAAGAGGAUAUCAACAAGCUUCGCGAACGCACGCGAAAGCUCAAGGAGGAGCUCGACAAAGUGCACAAGCAGCAAGAAGAGAUCCGUGUGCGAAGUCAUAGUAUCCGUCUAUCAUGGCCGAACCAUUGUCAUCCCGAUGUCCCCGUCGGUCCAGAGGAGAACGCCGUGGUGCUGUCCGUGAAAGACCACCUCGACAUCCUGCCGAAGGAAUUCAACGUGAUGAAGGAGCCUUGGAACGAGUCGGUUAUGCAGGCAAAGCACUUCCCCGAUGGACCGGGGCCAGAUCUCAAACGCGAGCAUCUAUCGAUUGCAGCCUCGGCCGGAAGUGCGGAGGUGGACAUGGUUUCGGGCUUGCUCUCCACUGGAAGCUCGUGGCCGUACCUGCUGGGAAGCAUUAGCCUGCUCGAACACGCUUUGUCGCAGUACGCCAUGUCGAUCGCAGUACGGAAAGGAUUCCUGCCCGUAUCACCGCCCGAUGUGGUACGUGCCGACCUCGCGGAUCGAUGCGGCUUCCGUCCAAGAGAUGAAAAGGCCAAGCAGACAUAUUUCAUCGAAGGAACAAAGGCCAAGAGUGCGGAGCAAGAGCCGUCACAGAGUAGCGCUGAUCUCUGCCUGGCAGCAACGGCAGAGAUUCCGCUUGCUGGACUGCUUGCAGCUCGUACGCUGGACAAUUCGAGGAAAGCAGGAAAGCGUGCUUCCUCGUUGGAUGACGAGUCGUCUCUGAUUCAGAAGUCAGAGCUGCCCAUCAAACUGGUAGCAUUGGGACAUGCAUUCCGUGCAGAGGCAGGCGCUCGUGGUGCUGAUACGCGUGGCUUGUAUCGCGUGCAUCAGUUCAGCAAGAUCGAAAUGUUUGUCGCCACGGAUGGCAACUUGGACGCGAGCGAUGCGAUGCUUGAGGAACUGCGCGGCAUUCAAGAGGAGGUGAUCGGUGGACUGGGCCUGCCGUAUCGCGUACUGGAUAUGCCUACCGAGGAGCUCGGUGCCAGCGCCUACCGCAAGUACGACAUCGAAGUAUGGAUGCCCGGGCGUGGGUCGUGGGGCGAGGUAUCGUCGGCUUCAAACUGCACAGCGUACCAAGCACUGCGACUGGGCAUCAAGCUGAAGAAUGCCUCGGUGCUCUCAAAAGACGAUGGCGACACGCGUCAUCCCACCGUGCACACGCUCAAUGCGACUGCCGCCGCCAUCCCGCGCCUCAUUGUCGCCAUCCUGGAGAAUCACGGAGUGGAAAAGGGCAAGCUGGUGCUGCCAGACACGCUCAAGCCCUUCUGGCUCGCCGGAGAGCACGAUCCAAAUGUGAUGUGGCUCUAUACAGGCAAGUUGGAUGCUACCUCGCAGUCACGGCUAAAGCGGGCGCUGAUGCGAGUUCGCUCGGUUGCCAAAAAGAACGGUACGGAUGCGCCGACGAUGAUGGCGUCCUUCCUUAUCCUGCACGAGCUGACCGCGAUCGUGCCAUUGGUGCUGAUGUUCUAUGCCUUUGGUGCACUUGGCGUCGGCACAGCAGUAUUGCAAUGGUUGCUCGGGGAUCCCGACACCGAGCACGAAGCUCAGUCCCUUGGGUCACGCUUCAGAACUUGGGCGCGAAUCAAGGAGGAGCGAUUCGAGCGAUACUGUCGCAGAAAGGGCUAUCUUGGAUUUGAGAAGCAGGACGCUGCGACGAUUGAUGCAGCCAAGGAUCUGGGUAGCUCAAAUUAUCUGGCUGGCUCGUUUGCCAACAUGGUCGCUGCCUACAUUCUCGUCAAAGCGCUUCUUCCGAUUCGUAUCGGCGCCUCAGUUGCACUCGCAGGACCUUUCUCACGUUCAGUCCUCGAACCACUAAAAAAUCUGCUACGACGUGGCCCUCGAGCCACGAGCUCAGCAGCAUCUAGCCCAUAA